AUGCUGGUGUUGUACUCGCUGUGCCUCUACUACCUGUCGCAGUCAGAGGAGCAAUUGCGGCGAGGUGGUGAAGAUGAGUCCACAAUGGAGGUCCGCAUCACUCUGUUCAUGGUGGAUGUAGACACGGGGAUUGUUUGUGGUGGUAGUGGGGCACGGCAGGGAGGAGGGGACGAGGAGGCUGACUCUUGCAACUUGCGUGUUGACACUGGUGUUGAGGAGUUAGUUGAGUUAUGCACACCGCGCAAAACCGGAGUUGAUUGUGGUGGCGUGAGGUUGCAGAAGGACUUAUAUCUUGGAGCUGGUGGAGUUGGAGGUUGUGGCGAUGGUGGUGCUGGUGGUAGUGCUUGCGGUGGUGAAGUAGCGUCAGAACGCAGCAGUACAAGUCCGCAGAUGCGGUCGGUGAGUUGUUCGGAACUGCAGGGCAAUGGUGCCACCUACAGCGCCUCGGAGUGUAAUGAACAGCGUCGGCGGGUGGUACGCUCCUACACCAGUCGUCUGCCUCCUUCCGGUCACCAUUGGCAAUCGCGACAAAAUUGGAAACCUCAGCGCCAGAACUCCUGUCCCACGAAGCCGGGGGGCAGCAGCAGCAGUGGCAGCAGCAGCAAACUGAACAGUCUGAUGGUGUUCCUCAAAUCGCCCAAGAAGGAGGAGGAGGAGGAGGAGGAGGAGGACACUAAGCCUUGGAGCAAGCGAUCAUUGUUGGAUGAGCGGUGGACGUCGGUCCGCAGUUAUGGCUCAGAGGCCAAUUUUUUGGUGGGAGAUGCAAAGGAUUGCAUAGCUGCAAGGUCGCGCUUCGGCAGGUGUCAUCGCGUUCCAAUCAGCUUCGAACAAGCACCUUCCCACUCAUGGAAGAUGCCCUCCGAAUGCGAGGGUGUUUAUAGGGGUCGUGAAAUGCCCCACCUUUUGUUUCGCUGUGAUUUCCUCUCCUCGGAGAACGUGGAUGCCAACGCCAAUGCCAAUGUCAAUGCUCGGAUGCCUCCUCUCCUCCUAGUGACCCAGAUCACCUUCUACAGCACUCCUCUCCCAUCCCCUCCCAUUUCUCCUCCCCAUCUGUCUCUCUGCCUCCUGCCUGCCCUUCAUUGCUCGUUUCACAAGCCAUCUGGUGGACAGAUGUGUGGUGGUCACAUCGUCUGCCUGUGUUGGGGUCGUGGCAGUGACUCACUCACAUCCUCUGUCCCUGGAUUAGAAGUGGACCUUCCUAUCUCCGCUCUCCACCCUCCCUUCCCAUGUUGCCUGGAUGUUGGCACUUCCUCAGCGUUGUGUUGCAGGUAG